AUGUGGCCUGAUGAGAUACUCUGCGAUCUCUGUCGAAAAUUCCACGAGCCGCGGAAGAGUCGUACAGGCUUUACUGAAAAGGAGGGCAGGCGGACCUGUGUUCUCAACGGCGCUGCGCAUCUGCAGCGAUCGUCUGUAUCGCCUUACCUUUCGAGAGAGGUUCAUUUCGAUGUCAUGUCGGCUAUAUCGAGAUCCAACCGUUUCAGACCCGGUACUCUACCCCCAGGCGAGCUGAGUGUACAGUUUGUGCAGCCGUUGCUUAACGAUGAUGGCAUACUUAUUAUGCGGCUGCAGCAGACUAUGUAUGUUUCUCACCAGAAACACAUCCUCAUCAAAUCACAGAGGAUACUGUUUCCAGGAAAGAAUACAGGCCGCCAACCGGAUAAGAUCAUUGAGGGCGUUGAAGCUCUACACCGAACUCUUCAGGAAUCUGAAGAACUUGGCAGUAUUUGUGGGCAUGCUAAGUGGACCGAUAUGUACCCGUUUAUGACUCGACCAGACGAGGAAUUCAAAUGGCCCAUAGGACAAUGGUCAUUCCGCUACUCAAAAAUACAAGAAUUCGACCUUCCAGGCCAACAGUUACAAGAAUGUCUCGGGACUCACAAGGGAGACUGCUGGUUAACCUGCCAAGCAAGAGCCAGGCUAGACAGCGCCCUAGAAGGUCGUGUAUGGUCAUGUGGUGGUUGUUCAACCGACUACGCUGUCAACGUCAUCCGGUCAGAAAGUGCAUCCGCGAAUUACAUCGUGAUGACAUCGUGGAAAGAUUUAGGGACUUGUGUGAGACGAAGUGAUCCGUUGUGGAGGGAGCAUAUGAACUAUGGUGUUCAUGCGGGGCAUAGACGUACGACAAUCGGGUUGAUCGCGCGUCAGAUUGAAACAUUGGUGAGGGGUCCUAGUGGGUACGUGCACUACUUUCCUAAGAUUUCGAAGAAGAGACUGGGGGAGAUAUUCAUCGAUGAGGGAGGGGAUAAGGAGCCGAAGCUCUAUGAGAAGGUGGAGGUAGAUUCGUGA